AGAGCCCGGGCCUGCGGGCCGCCGGAACGCUUCUUCUCAGCCCCGGGGAACGAGUUCCGCAGGGAACGGUUCCGGUGGUGCACCAGGGCGGCUCGGCAAAAUGGCGGCGCCCAGCGCCUGCUGCCUGUGGCGAGCGCUGGCCCCGCGGUGCGGCUGGGUCCUCCCCGGGCUGCAGCAGCGCUUCGCCGUCCCCGCCGCGGUGAGCCCCGCCACCGCCCGGCCCUACGCGGCCGCAGCAAAAGCUGCCAAAAAAGAUGCCAAGAGGAGCCGGCAGGAGAAGGCGAAGGAGGCGGCCAAGGAGAAGCCCCUCCCUCGGAGGCGGCCGCUGAUGAGCAAGCCCGUGGACGACGUGUACCUGACGUGGCUCUACAGGAGACCCUCCUAUGGGCUGGAGCAGGCCGUGGGCAUGCUCAAGAGGUUCCAGGAGCUGGACUUCACCCACCCCAAGCAGUUUGUGUACAUCAACGUCUUCCUGGACAUGGCGCUGCAGAAGAAGAAAAAAGUGGAUCCUUUUUCCAGUGGUGUCGCUCUCCCCCAUCGCUUUACGGAUGAGGUGAACAAGGUCUUGGUGUUCACAGAGAAUGAGCAGGAAGCUGAGGUAGCUCGAGAGCACGGGGCUGCCAUCGUGGGAGGAGUUGAAUUAAUCAAGUGGAUCCUGGAGGAUGAAAUCCAGGCUGAUUUCUACGUGGCUGUCCCUGCCAUCAUCCCCAAGUUAAUCCCCCUGAGGAACAAGCUGAGGAAGAAGUACCCCAGCACCAAGAGAAAUUCCCUGGGCAGUGACAUUCCCAGAAUGGUGCAGUUCUUCAGGGAAUGUCACGAGUACUCGGUGGAGGACGAGAGCGUCAUCAAGACAAGGAUAGCCAGACUGGAUAUGCCCACUGAGCACAUCAUUGCCAACCUGAAAACAAUUAUCCAGGAUAUCUGCACCUUCAAGCCAUCCAAUUUUGAUCCCAUUGUGCAGAGGCUGGUUAUCAGAUCCUCCACCAGUGAAGGCUUGCUGCUGAACCUCGAUGGAAUCCUACCUCAGGUGGAGAAAGCAGAGGAGAAAGAGGAAGAAGAUGCAGCUGAUGAGGAUCAGCAAAAAGCUGUCCAGGAAUCCUCAGCUGAAGGAACCAUAACAACAGUGUUCAAAAUGUGUUCCUAUGGAAACAUGCAACAUAAUUUGUGAUGGACUUAAAAGGACUGAUGACUAUUUGGACAGCAGAAUUCCAAGAAGCUGUGAAUUGUGAAGUUUUACCCAGAUGUUAAUUUCACCGUUUGCUUACAAAAAUGUGAUCAAAGAUAUUAGUAAUAUUAGUAUGUAAUUAUGUGACACCCACAGCUUUUACACAGUCUACAAUACCUAUUAUUCUGUUGUAGAUGAAAUUAGGCUUGUGAGACAAAGUAUGUUCUUAAUCAUAUCUGUUUAUUACUUUAUGGUCUUCUGAAGGCUUAUAAAGUGAUUUUAUGUUCACUGUACUGUGAAUUGCUCUCCUAGGUUGAUUUUGGCAGUUCAUUAAGAGCAUCCUAAGGUCGAACAUAUUGGCCCAGCCAAGUAGAAAAGCUCAAAAACUGACUCCUUUAACUCAUUCCUUAGAAAUUAUGUCCCCUUUAAUGCACUGCAUCCUUUUUGAUGAGCAGGAUGUUGCUCAUCAACAAUGUCCUGUUUGAUGAGCAGGACAUGUAUAUUCACAGGGAUACAUCAGCUGGGAUUAAGUUAUUUGAAGUUUUAGGCAGUUGUUCAAGAGCAAAGCAGCGCAUGGAGCGGAAAGAAGCAAAAUCCCAUUUACAUUUGUGUUUUCCUUCAAUUCGCAGUAAACAUUUUUGACAAGAAUAAGGAGUUUCUAUGAGUCACAACCAUUUCCAUGUGGCUGCUGGUUCCACAAAUUCAAAUCACACACACACACACAAAUCAAUGAGCUAGAGCAGAUGCAGCAUGGGCCUGGCAACAUGUCUUGUCUGAGGAACCCACAAAAGUUUGACUUGAAGGAGAUUCCUCUUUCUUUCAGAUAGUUCUCCCCAUGCUAAACUGAUAGUAGCUGGUGUCACCAUUCUCCCUUUGGAGGCCAGCAGGAGGUAAGGAUCAAUAGAUCAGUAUUUUUAAAGAACUAUAAACUUUGGCAUUCUGCUGAGCAGUGACUCUGCCUUAGGUCUGCUGAGCGCCCUCAAGCCCCCUCAGCAGCCACUUGAGCUUGCACAGUGCAGCAAAGAGAGGGGGCUGCAAAGCAGGAAACCUGCACUCCUAGGUGGCUUUGAUCUUUCCUGUCUUUUUGCUUCUGCAAAAAACCAAAAGUUUCUAAAAAUAUAUAAGAAACUGGAUUUGCCAGUGUAAAUAGAAUAUUUACCUGCAACACCAAAGGCAAGUCCCUGUUCUUGACCAGAAAGAUCAGAGAAUUGAAAUUGUCUCCUACAGCUCAGGAAAAAAGCCUGAAAUUUUGCUACUUGGAUUUCAUGGAGGGAAAAAACAAAAGGGUCUUUCAUUUCCUUCUUUCCUUCUCCAUUCUUCCCUGUUCAAACACAUAUUUUGACCUACCCUUGUCUCUUCACAAACAGCCUCACACAUCAAACAGCUCUUCAAAACACAAAUCCUAUUGCUUUCUUCCUCUGGACACCUUUCAUUUUUAUGAAUCAGUAUUUUCCAAUAAAAAACACUCCUCUUUUGUUCCUAAACACCUGUUUAAAAAUACGCUGCAGAAUAACUUAACAAUAAAGUCUGAGACACAAUUCCCCCUUCCACAACUACAAAAAAGCGUGUUAAGAGUGUGGCAAAAUUUACAGCUUAUGAUUCCUAGGCCAGUUCUGUUAUUAACAGUUUCAAUUUCCUCUCCUUAAACAUACUAACACAAACUGUUCUUUUGGCUGGAAAGGGAGUGAAGAAGAGAGCAGGCUGUGGCAUUUCCUUCAGAUCACCCUGUCUCUGUGCCAAAAACCCACCUUUUUUCUUCUGCACCAAAAGCAAUGAAUUCAGAAUAGCUGAAUAUAUAUUAGAGGAGAAAAAGCUCUGGAUUUUUUACUUUCAGAGCAUUCUUGAACAGACUUUUGGAUUCAUUAACAUUUCCAAAGAUUAUUUAUUGGCCUCAGUUUCAGGCAGAACAUGAAAAAGAAAAAAUGAUCUCUGCUUUUCAAUUACUAUUAGGGGAUGCAGGAAAGAGAAAGAAAUUUUUCCUUAAAAGUAUAUUUCUAGGGCACAGCUUGCCUGGCUUGCCUGGAAGACAGCUGAGAAAGUUCUCACUUUGUUUGAACUGAUGUGUUUGUGAAAGCCUUACUACUUCUCCCACCUUUUCUUUUCUUCUGCAGCGUCCAGUCUUGAAAACAAACAGACAGAUGUUCUCUUGGAUCAGCUUGUGAGACUUGCAAUGUCAGGAGUGCAAACAGACUUUUGCUGUUUAGUCCAGGAAAUGAGAUGCAGACAAUCUGAUAAAUAAACA